UGUGGUCGAUUCGAUCGUCCACAAAAUCCGUGUGGAAAUCGGUGUUGUGAUAAAAAUAAGACAAAACGGGGGGCGGAUAGCACUUGGCUGCGUGUAAUCACGACCUACAGCAGCCAUGGCUAUGUCAAAGGGUUUUAAAAUCCUCGAGAAGUCGUCACCGCCGAAUCCAUACAGUAUAAUAUUACAACAUAGAAAUAAAGAUACGGCGCUACUGUUCGAGUCUCAAGCUGUAGUUGCGUUGUCGUCACAAGAAACGGAAACUCUUCGUAAGCAAUAUCAUAAGAUUGCUGAUGCUUACGGGUGCCUGGGAGUCCUACAGCUAAACGCCGGUGAAAGCUGCCUACUGUACCUCGUCCUCGUCACGGGCUGCUGCUCCGUGGGAAAGGUCGGUGACGUAGAAGUGUUUAAAAUAACACAAACACAGUUCUUGCCGUUGUUUUAUCAAUCUCAAGGAGAUGAUAAAGUGUCAGAAGUGAGAAAAUUAUUAAAUUCUGGGACAUUUUAUUUUUCAUGGAAUUCUGGCAAAACAAAUGAUAAUCUCUUUGAUCUUACGUUAUGCGCUCAAAGAAAAAGCAAGGGAGCGAUUCCAGACAACAGAUUCUUCUGGAAUCGUACAUUAUUCAUUCAUUUGAUCAGGUAUGGGAUAGACUGUGAAGAGUGGCUCACUAGGGCCAUGUGUGGCUCUGUUGAAAUUCGAACUAUCUAUGUGGGUCAUCGACAAGCACGCGCAGUUCUGGUUUCUCGACUCAGCUGCGAGCGUGCAGGCACUAGGUUUAAUGUCAGAGGCUGUAAUGAUGAUGGCAAUGUUGCUAACUUUGUUGAAACAGAACAAGCUAUAUACAUUGAUGAUUCAGUGGCUUCAUAUAUACAAACCAGGGGCUCAGUUCCACUGUUCUGGGAGCAGCCUGGUAUCCAAGUUGGAUCUCAUAAAGUGAAGAUGUCCAGAGGAUAUGAUGCAUCAACUAGUGCAUGUGACAGGCAUUUCACUCAAUUAAAACGUAAUUAUGGUUCUGUGAUAGUAGUGAAUCUUUUAGGAUCCAGUAUGAUUGGAGGCAGUGAAGGUGAAGCUACUUUGAGCAAUGCAUUCCAGAAACAUAUCAAUGAAUCACCUCAUUCUGAUGUCAUACAAAUCAUCUUUGACUAUCACCAAGAAGUUAGGGCUGCAUCAGUUGAAACUGCUUUGGGAAAAUUUAAGAAAAUCAUUGAAAAGUACUAUGACACUAUUGGCAUAUUCAGUGCGAAAGGUAUUGAUAUCUAUAAUAUACAAAAGGGGGCUAUUCGCACAAAUUGUUUAGAUUGUUUGGACAGGACAAACUCUAUACAAACAUUUAUAGGUUUGGAAAUGUUAGCAAUUCAAAUGAUGCUACUACAGUGCAUUGAUAAAAAACAAAAUGUCACCAGAUUUGAAGAAGUUUUCAGGCAGAUGUGGGUAAACAAUGGAAAUGAAAUAUCUAAAAUUUAUGCGGGCACUGGUGCCAUCCAAGGUGGCUCAAAGUUGAUGGAUGGGGCGAGAUCUGCUGCUCGAACUAUUCAAAACAAUUUACUAGAUAAUACUAAACAAGAAGCUAUUGAUAUACUUUUGUUGGGCUCUACUUUAAAUUCAGAACUAGCAGACCGUACCCGUAUCUUAUUACCAUCACAUUUACUGCACACAUCCACUCCAGUGCUAAGAGAGAUGGUUCGUAGAGCCAAUGAAUAUACACAGCCCACCAGCAUCCGAAUCACAAUUGGUACUUACAAUGUUAAUGGAGGUAAGCACUUUCGUAGUCUGGUUUUCAAAGAUGUGUCAUUGGCUGAUUGGCUCCUGGAUUGUCCAAAUUCUUCUUUAGUCAGCACUGUAAAUAAAGAUCAACCAUCUGAUAUAUUUGCAAUUGGUUUUGAAGAAAUUGUUGAUUUAAAUGCCAGCAAUAUCAUGGCCGCCAGUUCAGAAAAUGCCAGAGCUUGGAGUGAAGAAUUAGAGAAAGUACUAUGCAGAGAUGCCUCUUAUACUCUUCUUUCAAGUCAUCAGUUAGUUGGUGUUUGUUUGUUUCUGUUUGUUAGGAAAGAUUUAAUUCCUCACAUAAGAGAUGUUGCACUUGAUUCUGUGAAAACCGGACUUGGAGGCGCGACCGGCAAUAAGGGUGCAGUGGCAAUUAGAAUGGUUAUAUAUGGAUCCUCAUUGUGUUUUGUUUGCGCACAUUUUGCUGCUGGUCAAUCUCAAGUCACAGAGCGAAACGCAGACUAUGCAGAAAUAACGAGAAAAGUCGCCUUUCCUAUGGGCAGAUCAUUGUAUUCACAUGAUUACGUAUUUUGGUGUGGUGAUUUCAAUUAUCGCAUAGAUUUAGAUAAGGAUGAGGUGCGAUUGUUGGUAUCACAAAAUAAUUUACAACGCCUUCUAGAAAAUGACCAACUUUUGAAACAAAAAUCUCAAGAUUUGGUGUUCAAGAACUGUUUUGAGGGAGAGAUUACAUUCCCGCCCACUUACAAGUACGAUCUCUUCAGUGAUGAUUACGAUACAAGCGAGAAAUGCCGUGCUCCCGCAUGGACAGACCGUAUUUUAUGGCGAAGCAGAAAACAUACAAUAGAACCUGAAGCAUCUUCGGAGCUAGCCGCGGGCAAAUUGCUGUAUUACGGCCGAGCCGAGCUGAAGCAAAGCGACCACCGUCCAGUGAUCGGGAUUUUGGAAAUCGAGGUAUUACAAGUCAGUUACACUAAGUGUAUGGAAGUUUUUUACGAAGUCGUGCAAGACCUCGGCCCUCCAGAUGCAAGCAUCAUAGUUCAGCCCUUCGAGGAAAUUAACAGUGAGGAGUCCGUAUUCGACGACAACGUUAUGGCGGCGGUAUUGCAAGAACUGGCCACUAUCGGGGAAGUCACUCUAGUUCGCUUCAUAGACGAACAUUCCUUAAGCAUUACAUUUAGAGACGGUCAAAACGCAUUAGCCGCCGCUCAGAAGGGUCAGAUCUGCGUAUGUUCGAUUCCUCUGUCGAUAACAUUAAAGUCUCCUAAUUGGACCGAUAUAGUUCGCUUGGAAAUAAGUUUAUGUUCUAACAAUACGGUGCCGCUAUUCGGCGAAGUUCAGCCCGAGCGGCCACUCAGGUCGGCGCCACCGACUCCGCGGAGACAGCAGCCGAGUAGACCCCCGGCGCCGUCUCCUACCCCGUUGGUACCGUCGAGAGCUCCGACGGCGAGCCCCGCCCGGCCGCCGCCGCCGCGGCCGGCGCCGAUGACCCCCAUUACCCCCGAGGCCGGGGCGCCGGUCGGGUCCCCGCCGCCGAUGUCGCCCCCGCCGGCCACCAGCGUCCCGCCACCCACGUGCGCGCCGCCUCCGCCGCCAAGCAGCUCGCCCCCCACGGAGGGCCCUUCCCCACCGCCCACGGGCCCGCCGCCGCCCGUGCCCGCGCGUCAGGGAGCUCCGCCCCCCUUACCGGCGCGUCCACGUCCGGUCACAUAAAAUACAGCGAUGUAUUGAUACUGUCUCAGUCGAGUCGGAACAAUCGAGUAGUAACUUAGGAGUAGUAUUAUGCCGUAUAUUGUAUGUACGUCCCUUGCUUUGAGAUUAUAGUUAACGUACCUACCUACAUGGAAUAUAAUAAUAUCGCUAAGUGUUACACCUUACACAUGUUGCGAAUAUUGUACCUCUACAUUAUUGUGUGUACCUACCUACUAAGUAAUGCUGGCAUAUGAUUUGCUGUAAUGUUAUUAUAAAUAUGUUACUCACUAAUUUAUUUUAAUGAACUUUUUAGCUGCAUAAGUACAUAUCAGGACAGGAUACCAUCAUAUUAGGAUUCCGAUCCUUCAACAAAUGAACAAAGUUUAAAUGAACUGAUUGUUAUUACGAAACAAAUGAACGAGACUCUAGCUAAAUUAUAAUUUGUUGACUGAUAUUCUAUGCCAAUCAUGUUUUUUCUGUCUGUUCAGCUUUAUUAAACAUAAUUAUACAUGUUCUCAAGCAACGAAAAGAUUAAUUUGUAAAUGUGCAAUCUUAGAAAUCAGUAUUUAUUUAAAAUAACGUAAGAUAGGAUAUAGGUACCUAUUAUAAUGCAUAAGUUUGUAAUUUCUGUAUGUCAUUGUGCAUUUGAAUCAUGUUUGCAUAGCUGUAGUAUAAGCAAUUGUUUAGAAAAUAGAUCAUUAUACACGCAUCCCUGUUAAAAACCUAAAAAGAGUUCCUUUUAUUAUUUUCAAGAUUGAUACGUAUUAUAGGUACCUACGUAAUUAUGAAUGUUUUUUAUAGUGAGUACCUAUUGUAUUUAGUUUAUUUUAAAUCUCAGAAAAUGAAUUUAUUUUUUAUUGAUUUAUGGGUCCACAUUUUAGAUUAAGAUGCCACUCCAUUUAUUUGUUACGGCUGUGUUAUAGCAUUUAUUUUAGUAGAAAUUAUUUUUCUUAACAAAUGUUACUUUGAUACAAAUAGAACAUUCGUAAUGAAUGAUUAUGCUUGGUCAUUAUUGGAUGGACCCAAACCCCUUUAAAUCUCUUUUAUGAAUUUUUUACAACAUUUAUACCUACCAUUUUUAUUAUAUUAAUUUGUCCUUAAAAUAUCCAUAAUGUACCUGACUGUUCCAUGUUUCUGUAGAAAUGAAAUGUAUUAUAAUAAAGUGUUCAUUUUGAUGUUAAUGUUUCUAAAAUUAAUAAUUGAAAAUAUUGAAUGAAUGACAAAUUUUGCGCAUAACAUGUAGAUGCUGUUGUUCAACAUUGCUAUGUUUGUCACAAAGGCAUCAUAAGAGGCCAGUGUUUAUAUUGUUACAUAAAUAUCUAUAUGAAAUAUAGAGAAUUGUUUAAAAUCAUCUCUU